AUGACAAAAAACCAAGAUGAAACGUUGAGAAGAGACGUAGUGGAGUUAGGGAGUGUGGUCAGGACUUUUACCAACAAAAACAAGGGAAUGGAACAAGCCAUCAGGACAAUGGAGUUCAGACAGGAUGCUACUGAAAAACUACUGAAAGGAUUGGAUCAAAAGUAUGAGAGGAUGAUGAACAUGAUGGCUCAAUUGAUGGCCAAGGUCAGUGACCAUGAGAAGGUGGUAGAAGGAAGUAGCAUCUCAAACGGAGAAGCAAGACCAAACGAAUCCAGGAUGGAAUCACAAAAGGAAGCAGUCAGUAAGAGAGAGGCCAGAACCAGUGGCAGGCUGCCUAAAAUGGAUCUGCCAAUUUUUUAUGGUGAUAAUCCAAGGGAGUGGAUCAGGAAGGCUAACAAAUACUUCAAAAUACAUGAGAUAGAGAGGGACAUGAAGGCUGAGGUGGCUGAACUCUAUUUUAGAGACAGAGCUGACAUCUGGUUCCAAGGAGUCUUCCAUGGGAGGGAGACCAUUCCUUGGUCAGAAUUAUCUACUGCUCUGUGUAUCAGGUUCGGAGAAGGGAGUCCAGAGGAGGCCAUUGAAGAAUUCAACAAGCUGGUGCAGUCUAGAUCCGUGGCUGAAUACCUUGAAAAAUUUGACAUGCUCAAAGCCCUGGUAAUGCCAUCUUUACCCCGCUUAUCUGAUUCAAAUUACAAAGCAUGCUUUAUGAGUGGACUAAAGGAGAAGGUAGUUAAUAUGGUUAAGAUGUCCAAACCUGAAACCUUGAUUGCUGCUAUUGAAAUGGCAAAACUGCAAGAAAAGAACCUCAAGGCUAUCCAGAAAAUGCAGAAACCUGUCAGUACUAGUUUCAGUAACCAAAGAGCUCCCACUGAGGAGACUGAGAUUAUAGAGGAAGAAGUUUAUUGUGAUUGCAUUAAUGGGGAACUAGCAGAUGAACACAUAGAGACGUCUAUCCAUGCCUUGGCUGGAGGGACAAGUCACAAAACUAUAAAAUUGAAGGGACUGGUUAAGGUGAGACAGGUCACUGCACUAAUAGACAGUGGCAGUACCCACAGUUUCCUGGAUGAGCAACGGGCAAGAAAGUUAAAAUGGGGUCAUCAAUUCCAACAUACCUUUAAUACGCUAAGGUUGAGAGGCUGUGACAUGAUCCUUGGGGUGGAUUGGUUGGCCAAUCACAGUCCUAUAGAGUUCAAUUUCAGGGAACUCAAUAUGAAAAUCCACCAGGGAAAACAAGAAGUAGUACUGAAGGGGAAGGAUAUCAGCACCAUGUUAAGGGGGCUCAAGAGAGGUAAGUUGGCAAAGUGGCUGAGGAAGCAGGCCUAUGGGGUGGUGGCCCAGCUGGUGGCAGUAGAAGAAGAAGAAAAUCCAGGACAGUUACCUGCUAAAAUCAGGCAAGUACUAGAUCAAUACAAGGAUGUCUUUGAGGAGCCUAAGGGAAUGCCCCCAACCAGGGGCCAUGAACAUCAGAUUGUCCUCAAGGAGGGUGCCAAUCCUUUUCAAGUGAGGCCAUACAGGUGCCCCUACGUACAGAAGACAGAGAUUGAAAGAUUGGUGAGAGAAAUGCUGGAACUAGGCAUCAUACAGCCUAGCAGUAGCCCUUUUGCCUCACCAGUACUGCUAGUCAAGAAGAAAGAUGGGUCAUGGAGAUUCUGUGUGGACUACAGGCAACUGAAUGAGCUAACAGUAAAGAACAAGUUCCCCAUGCCUCUGAUUGAAGAAUUAAUAGAUGAAUUGCAUGGAGCCAGGUACUUCACUAAAAUUGACUUGAGAGCAAGUUACUUUCAAAUCAGAGUCAAAGUGGAGGACAUUUCAAAGACAGCCUUCAGAAGUCACCAAGGGCUCUAUGAGUUCAAGGUUAUGCCAUUUGGCUUAACCAAUGCACCAGCAACCUUUCAGAGCUUGAUGAACCAGGUCUUCCAAGAACAGAUGAGGAAGCAUGUGCUGGUGUUCUUCGAUGACAUCCUGGUCUACAGCCCAACACUGGAGGAGCAUGUGAAACAUGUAAAGGAGGUAAUGAGUAUUCUGAGGCAGCACCAGUUGUAUGCCAAAAUGAGCAAAUGUUCUUUUGCUCAGCUGCAGGUGGAGUACUUGGGACACAUAAUAUCAGCAGAAGGAGUUCAGGCUGACCCCAAGAAGAUAGAAUGCAUGGAAAACUGGCCCAACCCAACUAAUAUCAAGCAACUGAGGGGAUUUCUGGGGUUGACAGAUUACUACAGAAGAUUUGUCAAAGGAUAUGGAGCCAUAGCAAGGCCUUUGACUGACCUGCUGAAGAAGGACAAUUUCCACUGGAGUGAGGACUUAGAACAGGCUUUCCAGAAGCUGAAGAGAGCCAUGUGCAGCACCCCUGUUUUAGCAGUACCUGACUUCACCCAGCCAUUCAUUAUUGAGACAGAUGCAUGUUACACUGGCAUAGGGGCUGUACUCAUGCAGAACAGGAGACCUAUUUCCUACCUCAGUUAG